UGUGAUGAACAAAUACCCCCCAAAGCGAAGCAAGUAGGAGUAUAGUAGCAUCGCCACCGACCGUAGCAAUGGCGACGGCAAGGGGCACCGGGCCGGGGCGGCAGGACGAGGAUAUCCGCCAGUCCAGGCUGCUAACCAGGAGGAUCAACUAUCGCCGCGACAAGCUCCUCCACGACGCCUGGGAGGUCUCCGAGCUCUUCGCCCCCCACCUCGCCAUCCUCGCCUUCCCCGCCGCUGGCAACCCUGUUCUCUUUGGCAGCCCCACCCUCCACUCCGUCCUCCGCAGCUUCCUCGCUGGUGCCGACGAUGGGACCGAGACGGCGGCGGAAGCCGCGGCGCGCGUGGCGGCGAUGAGGCGUGAGGCGGGGUGGUUCGAGGCGCUGGUCUCGCAGGAGCAGGCGCGGCUGCACGCCGUCGCGUGCAAGGUCAAGGCGGCGCAGGAGGAACAGGGGAGGGAACACUGGUGGGAGGUGGAUGUGGACGCGCUCGGGGAGGCGGAGCUGCCGGAGUUCGCCACGGCGCUCGAUGCUCUCAGGGCCGACGUCCUCCGCCGCCUCGCCAUGCUGGCCGAAGCCCGGAAGCCACCGCGGCGGCAGUAGUAGUGGCUGUGCCGUGGGGAUCGGCGCACGGGUUCCUUCACUCCAUCAGGUUAUUGCUUGCCUAAUCAGGUCAUUGCUUGGAACCGGGAAAGCAGUAAGUGGCUUCUAGCAAGUACUACAUUGUAGAUUGCAGGGAUUCAUUUCGUUUGGUGAAAUUUGCUGCUACCUGGUUACUGCCUUCAUCAACUUGUUUGUUGUGCUCAUUGUUCUGGAUGGUUGAAUCUGAAUAUAUGCAUAAUCAGGCAUGACGUGUUAGACAAA